CAGACGUGAAACAGCCACAGGAACCAUGUCACAUCGUAAUGUGUUGAACGGAUGCAAACUGGCCGCGUUGCUUCUUCUUUGGCUUGCGCCUCAAGGAGCCUCUUCUGAGGACAAACUGACAGCCCGUACUCAUGCAGCAGAGCCCCAGGAGCACACAUCACAGAGCUCUAUCGGAUUGUCAGACGUGGUGUUAGUGAUCCAGAGUCAGAGCAACUCUUUUCACGCCCACCGAGGUGCUCAGAGGAAGGUGGAGAUUCUUCAGCAGGCAGCUGAGCUGGGACAGGGAGUUCCGGUUGUUCUUCUUCUCCAUGAGCUUGAAGGGGAUUGGAGUAUCCUUCCUUUGCUUCCUCAUCUCUCUGCCACUUACGGCCUGUCAGCAUCCUGGUUUUUCUUCAUAGAGGAUGAAACCAGCGUCACUCUGCCUAAUCUGCUGCAGGUCCUCCACAGAUAUCAAGUCCAAGAGGAAUGGUUUUUGGGUAAGCCUCUCCAUGACAACGAGGCAUCCAUUAUCCACCACUAUGCGUUCUCUGAAGACCCCAGUUCCUUUAGUUACCCUGACCCGGCAGCAGGCUGGGCUCUCAGCACGCCGCUGCUCCAAAGACUCGCUGAGCGAAUCCAACAUAAGCAUCUGAAGUCAGAUUUCACAAUCGACUUGAAACAUGAGAUUGCGUUGUACAUUUGGGAGGAUGGAAAUGGUCCAAAGCUGACAGCAGUUCCAGAGUUUUGCAGAGAGACGAGGGACAACUGUGCUACCACAUUUACAACCUACCUGCCCGACUGUGGAGAUCCGGUCUCAAGGAAAGAUGUAUUUGUUGCUGUGAAAACUUGCCAAAAAUUCCACUCAGAACGAAUACCAGUCGUGAAGGCAACUUGGGAGAAAGAUGCUGUUUUUUUAGAGUAUUACAGCGAUGUCACUGAUGCCUCGAUACCAACAAUCAAUCUGGGAGUGCCCAACACUGAGAGAGGGCAUUGUGGGAAGACUUUUGCCAUCUUAAGGCGGUUCUUGAGCAAAGCUGUGCCAAAGGCUGAUUGGCUACUCAUUGUUGAUGAUGAUACACUCAUCAGUUUACCCAGGUUGCGGCAACUGCUGCGUUGCUAUGACCCAAAGGAGGCAGUGAGUCUGGGGGAGAGAUACGGCUACAGCUUGCUUCUGAACGGAUACAGCUACACCACAGGAGGAGGAGGGAUGGUGCUCAGUCGGGUGGCGGUGUCCAGGCUUCUUUCCAGUGGAUGUCGCUGCUACAGUGAUGAUGCUCCUGAUGAUAUGGUGCUGGGCCGGUGCCUCACUUCCCUGGGUGUUCCCAUCACACACAGUCCACUGUUCCACCAGGCCCGACCGGCUGACUACUCCGAACCACUUGAGCAGGCCGUCUCCUUCCACAAGCACUGGAAUGUAGAUCCUGUGAUCGUCUACAAGCUCUGGCUGCAGGACGAGCACCCACGAGAUGAACUGUAGAAACACUGUGUGUUUAAAAUAGCCUACAAUACUGAAGACAAACAUUGAAACUAAAUUUGCACAACAGCGUAGAGCUAAAGAUAAACAAACAAGCAGCAAAACAUGCCCUGAAACAUAACUCUUACCUGCCUUAAUACCUGCUUGCAUUCAAUAUUUUUUACGUCAACAUAAAAUCAAAUGAGUGUGUGUGUUAUGUUAAAGCAGUUGCAGAGAAUUAUCAACAAACUCUGCAACUCUACAGAGGUUUCUCGCUUCAUUUAGCCCAACCUUUUGGUUCAAUGGUCUGUGCAUAGACUGUGUGAUUGAAUCACACCACAAACAGCUUUAUUAAAAGCACCAAAAAGCAGACAGACAAACUUGCUGAGUGAAUUCAAAUUUUCUCUGCCUCCACUUGAUGUGCAACUUUAAGCAGCUGUAUAUGUCAGGGAUUUGAGGAUGACUGCCUAUUUUUGGCUUUGCCCCCAAGUGGCCAAAUAUCAAGAGAGUGUCCCUGCUGUCACUUUAUCCCAAAGCGAAAAUUUUAACCAUGAACCAAGAUGUUUAGUUCAUUGAAGAAGGAUUGUGUAUAUUUGUGUGAUCUGAUAUGAUCUCUUUUGUAUUAACAGUGUCUUAAGACAUUCAGUGUUCUUUUUUUUAAUUGUAUUUAUUUAACCAGGUAAAUCAAUCUCUACAAGAGAGACUGGAAGUUGCAGACUAAACAAUACAAAAUCAGGCAACAGCUUAGAUAAAAUACUAAUAAACAGGUAAAAAUACUAAGACGGCUAAAUAACAUGUCAGCUAGGAAUAGUGACAAUUAACAGGUGAGUCCUUUACCAUAGAAUAUUCUUGAAGAUGAAAACAUGACCAUAAUUGAUUUCCGUAUUUUGUGUUUAUUUUUCUUUCAUGCAAACACACUUUUUGAAAACUAUUUUGACAUUUUUUUUAAAACAUGCUUAUUCUUUUGUUUUCUUUAUUUCCCAAAAUAUCAAAAUAUUCCUUACAUUUUUGAUAUAUUUUAUAUAGUCUGAAACUAAUUUCUAAUUUCUGCAUAAAAAGUUGUGUGUACAUGUUUUUGUGAACUUGCUUUUUAUAUGUUUACCAGAUGGAAAACGAUUACGCGAACAAAUCUCUAAUGGGGGAAUUUUAGUUUUGGAGGAUUUUAUGAACCGUGUGUUUGUGGCUUAGUCACUGUAGAUUGGUGUUAAAGUAAUUACAACCACAGCUGGCAAGCCUUUGUUCAAAUUUUGCAACUGUUUUUAUGAAUAUAAAAAUGUUUCUGCCUGCUAAUGAAAAAAACACAU